UCUAUGGUUUUCCUUCUCGCACGCUUCCUGUCUCUGUUCUUUCAUCGAUAAGAUGAAGAAAACGAAUUGUUUUUGUGGUUACUGCGAUGAUUAGUAUCGUAAAAAUGUUUAAAAUGUCGCUUCAUGCUUAUUGUCAUCAUCGGAUGUUUAUCGUUGAACAAUUAUUAUCAAAAUGAAAAUAUGAAUAUGAAUCAACGAGGAAAGGGCAAACCAAAAUUACUCAUUCUUAAUGGACCAAUUCGAUUAAUAUAAUGACAGAUGAUAGAGUCCUAUUGAAAUGGAAUCUAUUCACCAAAGACUCGAUAAAAUUGUACGAUUUUCCAGAAAACGCGUACCCCAUAGAUUUACAUUGUUUUGUAAGAAAUCAAGGAGGAUUGAAGAGACAGAAAGUGGAACAAAUUUUACUCACCUCAGCUGAUGGAAAAUUUCAUAUUAUUGGAAAAAAUGGGAGGACUGAAAAAACUGCAGAUGCUCAUCGAGGAGCUGUACUCGUUGGAAAGUGGAGCUCUGACGGAUCGAGUUUACUAACAGGCGGAGAAGAUGGUCAAAUAAAAAUUUGGUCUAAAAGUGGAAUGCUUCGAUCCACCGUUGUACAAGAAUCAACUCCAAUCUAUAGUGCAGCUUGGAGUCCAGACUCGAAUCAAAUUCUCUACACCAGUAAUAAGAUGUUGAUUAUUAAAACCCUAUCUGGAAAUGUGAAAUCGAAUCGGUGGAAAGCUCACGAAGGGUUGAUUCUGAAAGUAUCAUGGAAUAGCAAUAACAAUCUCAUCGUUUCGGGAUCAGAAGACUGUAGAUAUAAAGUAUGGGAUACUUAUGGACGUCAGUUGUAUUCUAGUGUUGUCCAUGAUUACCCAAUUACGUCUUUGGACUGGGCACCUAGCGGUGAUUUAUUUGCCAUUGGAUCUUUCAAUACGUUACGAUUAUGUGAUAGAGCUGGGUGGUCUCAUUGCUUGGAAAUGCCGAACAGCGAUAGCAUUUAUAGUAUUUCUUGGUCAAGUGAUGGCACACAAGUUGCUUGUGCUUGUGCUAACGGUAAUUUACUCGUGGCUCACAUCAUAGAAAGGCGUUACGAAUGGUUAAAUUAUGAAUUACUUGUCACCAGCAGAAAAUGCUUGCAAGUUAAAGAUAUAAGUGGCGAAGUUAUGGAGAAAUUGGAUUUUCCCGAAAGAAUCAUUCACGUAGUGAUUCGUUACAAAAGAAUAGUUGUAGCUACCCCUACACAAUGUCAUAUUUUCAAUGUGAAUAAUUUCAAUACUCCUCACAUCAUGGAAUUAAAAGAAGGAUGUGUAAUGAUUAUUCUUAUGGCUGAAAAAGUGUUUGCUCUAGUGGAACCUAGCUCUGUAAAUAUCUAUUCAUACGAUGGAAGGAAUGCAUCGACUCCAAAAUGGCCUAAUAUGCUGUGUGAUUUAAUCAGCGAUGACAUGAUAUCAUUAAGUAAUGACACAUUAGCAAUAAGAGAUCAAAUUGAUGAUAAAGUGAUUCAUUUAUUGGAAAUCGGCUCAAGUGUAAAUCCACCUCCUUUCACCCAUAAAAUUGGUGUAACUGAUUUAGCUCUAAAUCAAGCCGGAUCCAUACAAAAUAGGCAAUUGGCAUUUAUCGAUAAAAAUAGAGAUUUGUAUAUUUUAUCAGUGCCUACAAAAGCAGGAAUUUCUUCAUCGAGGAAAAUUGAUAAAUUAGGAAUAAUGGUACAGUCCAUAUUUUGGAAUCACGAUUACAAUACUUUGGCAGGUAUUCAGGAAACUACACUAACUGUUUGGUACUAUCCCGGUAUCGUAUUCGUUGAUCCUCGUUUACUUCGUAGAUCAACUUUAGUAAAAGAUACGAGUGAAUUUGGAAGAAAUCCCAGCAUAGUUAAUUUUAUACGAAACCAUGUAAAUAUUCGUAGAUCGGAUGGAUCUUUGAUCAACAGCUGCACAUCGCCUUUUAUGUCAAUUUUACAUUCUUAUGGUACUACGAACAAUUGGAAAAACGCUUUGAAAUUAUGUCGAAGUGUGAAGGACGAAAUAUUAUGGACUUGCUUAGCAGGAUUAGCAAUUUUCGGAAAAGAGCUCGAUACUGCAGAGGAAGCCUAUGCUGCCAUCGAUUUACUCGAUAAAGUUUCAUUUAUUCAAUACAUUAAAACUAUCAAAAAUAAAUCCAUCCAAGCAGCAGAACUCGCUUUACUGGGUGGAAAUACAGAAGAUGCAGAGUCGAUCUUGCUACAAAAUGGAUUAAUUUUUCGGGCUGUUUAUUUGAAUAUUUGUACUCAUCGAUGGCUAAGAGCUUUGGAAUUAGCUAUGAAACAUAAAACUCACGUUGAUACAGUUCUUCUACAUCGACAAAAGUAUCUUCGAUCCUUUGACAAGGUUGAAAAAAAUAGUAAAUUUCUUCAGUUCACCGAAAUGGAACUAGAUGAGAAUACGAUUGAACAAAAAGUAAAAUUAGAGUUUCAAAAAGAAAACACUGUUACAAGGUGAGCAGAAACCUACCUAAUGCUCAAGCAAUGGAAUACCGAAACCAGCUUCGGAACUACGGUUUUAAUGAUAUUCAUCGUAAAAUGAUUAAAAAUCAUAAGAAAUGUGCAGAAAUACAAUCUUUUGAGACAAUAAAACGUACGCGAAUCAUUUUGUAUUGAAAAUUA